CCGUAGUCAAGUGGCCGAUGGAAUUGGCCCAGGAUGACAGCUGGAGAAUGGAGUCAGCAGGUGAGCUAGUUUUCAUGACCAGAUACGACUCAUUUAUAUUUAGGAACAUUUAUUUCUAUGAAAACAGCAUGCUCCUGCCUUAGAAAACGAAGCCAAAAGAAAACAAUUUGUCUUUCAAUUUUAUCCAAGUAUGAAAACCAGAUUACUAUUUUCACUGACUACCUAGAAGAAUUUCCUGAUACUGAUGAGCUGGUAUGGAUCUUGGGGAAACAGCAUCUUCUUAAAACAGAAAAAUCUAAGCUGUUGUCUGAUAUAAGUGCUCGUCUAUGGUUUACAUACAGAAGGAAAUUUUCACCAAUUGGGGGAACGGGCCCUUCAUCAGAUGCUGGCUGGGGAUGUAUGCUACGCUGUGGACAGAUGAUGCUGGCUCAAGCCCUUAUCUGCAGACACUUGGGGAGGGACUGGAACUGGGAGAAACAAAAGGAACAACCCAAAGAAUACCAGCGGAUCUUACAGUGCUUCUUAGAUAGAAAAGAUUGUUGCUACUCUAUUCAUCAAAUGGCACAGAUGGGCGUAGGAGAAGGGAAAUCAAUUGGUGAAUGGUUUGGACCAAAUACAGUUGCACAGGUGUUAAAAAAACUUGCUUUAUUUGAUGAAUGGAAUUCCUUGGCUGUUUAUGUUUCAAUGGAUAACACAGUGGUCAUUGAAGAUAUCAAAAAAAUGUGUUGCAUUCUUCCCUUGAGUGCUGACAUAGCCACUGAGAACCCCUCCGGCUCCCCAAAUGCUUCCAACCACAGUAAGGGCACUUCUGCUUGCUGCCCGGCCUGGAAACCCCUGCUGCUCAUUGUGCCCCUUCGCCUGGGCAUAAACCAAAUCAAUCCUGUCUAUGUUGAUGCAUUCAAAGUAAGUCACUCCUUGCCACAGUCUUUAGGGGCAUUAGGAGGAAAACCAAAUAACGCCUAUUAUUUCAUAGGAUUCUUAGGUGAUGAGCUCAUUUUCCUGGACCCUCACACAACCCAGACUUUUGUCGACACUGAAGAGAAUGGAACUGUUGAUGACCAGACUUUCCAUUGUCUGCAACCCCCACAGCGAAUGAACAUUCUGAACUUGGAUCCUUCUGUAGCAUUGGGAUUUUUCUGCAAAGAAGAAAAAGACUUUGAUAGCUGGUGUAGCCUUGUUCAAAAGGAAAUUCUAAAGGAAAACUUAAGGAUGUUUGAAUUAGUUCAGAAACAUCCAUCACAUUGGCCUCCCUUUGUACCUCCAGCUAAGCCAGAAGUGACAACCACUGGGGCAGAAUUCAUUGAUUCUACUGAACAACUAGAGGAGUUUGAACUGGAGGAAGAUUUUGAGAUUCUGAAUGUAUAGAAGAGUAGAAACUCAACCUGGAUAUCUGUCUUACAUCUGGCACCAGAAGAACAUGAAUUCAUUACAUAAAAUUUUUCUAGUCAGCAAGUGCCUGAUAUGCCAAUAGCAUACAAACUUGAUAGCAAUCAAUCAUGACUGAGCCAAUCAUCAUUUCUCAGAUAAAACAAUAACAACCCUUCCUCAGAAAGAACUAGAACAAUCAUGGAAUCUAAGAGCAGAAAGAUUAGGAGCCGUCCCUUGCUUCCCAGCUUGUUUUACAUGGCCACAGCAAGUCUGCCACUUAUGAAAUGAGGAAGUAGACAUCUGGAAGACAGACAGCAACUUCGACCUUGCUUCAAGCACCAGCAGAUGAGAGAUGGUUACGUGUGCUUCCCCACCCUUUCAGGCGUGACCUCUUUUGGGCUAAAUCCUAAGAAGCGGUCUGUUCUCUUGUUCUAAUAAUAAAGUGAUUACAUCAGGGAGAAAAAGUUCUUGUUAAAUUAUUUGAAUGUGUAUUUUAAUUAAUUAUAAUUUAUAUCAAAAACUUUGUCAAGGAAAUUAUUUUAAAUGUGUACUUGUUGAUCUCCUGAUUCUUUGAGGGAGCCUUACUAUUUAAUGGGUCACUGUCUCCUUCUUUAUUAAUACAUUUUUCAGAUGUCACCCUGUCCUUAAAUCAAAUCAUGAUCACUUAAAUCAGGGGUCAGCAAAUUUUCUGUAGAAGGCCAGAUAAUAAAUCUUUCAGGUGUCACAGGCCACAUGGCCUUUGUCAUCACUGCUCAACUCUGCUGCUGGAAGUGCAAAAGCAGCCACAGACAAUCUGUGCCUGGCCAUAAGUCAAUAAAACUUUAUUUACAAAAACAGGAGGAGGACUGGAUGUAGCCCACAGGCUGUAGUUUGCCAAUUACUGACUUCAGUUGUUGAUUUCUGUUUGAGAAAUUAAAAAUUGUGUUUGGAUUAAACUCCAUUUCGGUUGACAAACAAUUAAACAGAAUUAAUCACAUGGUGACAUUUAAUCUGUGCAUCAAAUACAAUGGCAGACCAUUUCAGGACUAGCAACAUACUAAAUUUUAAAGCAUAUAUUCAUCAUAUUGGCUUUGCCACUGAUUCUCUUGUGGAUCAAGUCACAGUGGUGUCUUCCCAGUUUCCUCUCCUUGCCCUCUUAACCUGUAUGCAUUUCACCUCUAUCCUUAACUGAGUCUCGAAGAAAGCCUGCAACUGGGGUUUGAAAGCUAGCACAAAACUAAGGGAUGUGUGUGUGUGUGUGUGUGUGUGUGUGUGUGUAUGUGUUCAUUUAGAAAUAUUAGAACAUCUGUUUCCUUAGAUUUCAUUUUUUUCCCUUUCUUACACAUAGGUAAUAUAUUUCAGUGGUUCAAAAUUCAAAAAAGUUCAAAAUGGUAUUCAGUGAAAUGUCUCUCCUUCCCACAUGUCAGUUCCCGUCCCUGAAUGUUCUUGAUGUUAUUAAUUUCUUGUUUAUCCUUCCAGAGUAUAUAUUUUAUACAUAUUCAAAUAUAUGCAUAUAUAUCUUGGAUUUUAUUUUAAUGACUUUAAAUUUCUCUAUUUUUGAUUUAUUUGUAAGUAAUUCUGAGGCCCCAGAAGUAUGGAAACUCCUUUCUUGAACUCUAGCAUGUGACAGGGCUAAAAGCAGUUAUAGGCUUAUCUCGAAGGAGGUUGUGGAUUUGUUGCUUGUUAGAGGACUCUUUCUGGUCUUUGUAAUUGUAUUUUUCUUGCCUUAAAGUUUUGUUAUAAAGCUCAACUUGUAGUAA